UCUCACGUUCUUAGAUAAUAAGCCUCACCAUUGUCUAUCUGUCUCUGCGUCUCUCUCUCUCUCUCUCUCUCUCUAUUUUUUUCCCAUAUUUUAAGUCCACCCUCUCACACUAUACAUUAAUCCUUACACACCCACUCUUCUUCUAUAUUCUCUCUCUCUCUCCAAAACUUGAUCAGUUUUUGAUACCAAAAAGGGCUUGCAUAAUCAAUAUAUUUUAAGGCUCAAAAACUUGGUUUAGUUAUAUUAGUAUCACAAAUACUAGAGAAGUAAUUGAUUAGAUCGAACAUAGUUAUAAGAUAUGACGAUGAGCAACAACAUUGGUCAGUUCGGCGACACCACGCUGACCAAGGUGUUUGUCGGAGGCCUCGCAUGGGAAACUCCGAAGGAAGCAAUGAGGGAGCACUUUGUGAAGUACGGCGAGAUCUUGGAGGCCGUUAUCAUCUCCGAUAAAGUCACCGGCCGAUCCAAGGGCUACGGAUUCGUGACAUUCAAGGAGGCGGAAGCCGCCAAGAAGGCCUGCGAGGAUGCCGCGCCGAUCAUCAACGGCCGCCGAGCCAACUGCAAUCUCGCUUCUCUUGGGGCUCGCCGCCCCAGGGCGGCCUCCAACACAAACACCACCACUCCUCCUCAACAAGGAUCCAACGUUGGACCGAGGUCAAUGUCCCCUGCACCUGCAAAUCACGUGCAGUGGUACUACCCGGCAGGAACCCCCGCUGCCCCAUUCCAUCAUCAGCAACAUCACGCCGUUCCUUAUUACGGGUACUCUCCGACCUACGUUGCAACUGAUAUCAGUUACAAUCAUAAGUUAAGCUACACCGGUGGGACCUACAUGAGUGGGCAUUUCUCUCAAGUGUACCCAGGGCAACCUAUCAUGGGUGCAAACACGUUGAUGCCAAUGUAUCCUAUGUAUCACUACCAUCAAUCCCAUACAAUGGGCCUGCCGGCCCACAUGUUCCCAACUACAACAGCGGGGCCAAUCAGCACAGGCCCAGCCAUCAUUUCGAAACCAGCAUCGAUUGCUCCAAACCCAGUUUGCUUGGCUGUGGAAUAGGUCCUACUGCAGUUGGCGCAGGUGAAAGCUUUAAAAAGGUUGGCUAAUGGAGGAGCACUUAUUAUUAGU